AUGUCGGAUGAAAAUAAAGAUCUUAUUGCCACUCCUAUAAUACAUUCUGUUCCAGAUGAAAGCAACAUCGUUUUAUCACCAAUUGAAUUAUCACCUCGUCAAGGGUCUCAAGAAAAAGAUGUCGAUGAAAAUACAUUAAUUUCGGUCGACAAAAAUUCCGACAACCCUGAUAAAAAAUUGUGCCCACAAUCUAACGAAACAACAAAAUUUCGCCAAAACCACAUUUUCUCAACUGUUUCUUUACUGAGAGCGAUAUGUGGCGUAGUAGCAGUGUUUUACAAUUUGACUUUGUUAUUUUCAACUCCUGAUUAUAAGUACUUUCCAUAUGGAUUUUUAGCAGCCGAUUUCUUCUUUCUCCUCUCUGGGUUUCUUGCAGCACAUUCGAAUCGCGAUUGCCGAGACAUUUUUAUUAUAGAGAAGAUACAGUGGUUGUGCAGAUUACCUUUUCAGUUUUUAUUUGCGACCCUAUACUGGGCGUACAAGAAACUUAUUUUAUGCCAAUGGAGUAAGAAGAACAUUGAAAGUAUUGGCGAACAAAUUAAAGAAGAUAAAAGACCUGUUUUCAAUCCAUUCACAUAUUUGAUUCGAAGGAUAUUCAGAAUACUUCCAAUACAAGUCUUCGCAACGUUUUUCUGCGGUACGUGGUACAUCUUGUUAAACCCCAAAGCAAAUUAUGAGGCUUUCCAGUUUUUGUUGUUUAUAGGAAGUCUGUCAAUUCCAAGUAAAAAAGACAAAUUGAUGUUUCCGUUGAACCCAAUUGCUUCCAAUUUACUAUACGGACAUUUAGGCAACUUUAUAUAUGCGUUUGCACUCAGACACCUCCACAUCAUUUUCAUCAUGUUAAUCGAUGUGUAUUGCGGUUCAACUAUUAUAGCAUUCACACAGAACAAAUUCAUCUUUUCGGAGUGCGCAAAUUUGAGUAAAAAUUACACAUUGAAUUGGGGAAUGGCAAAUGACAAAUGUAAUAUGAACGUUGGUAUUUUGCGAGUGACGUUUGGGUUUGUUCAGGGAAUAGUUGUCGAAUUUUUCGUACGAAAUUUGGUUGAUCUGUGGGAACAAAAAAUAGGGAAGUUUCCACGUGUAUGGGGUUAUGUGUGUUCGUUCAUUGGUGUAUGUGUGUCUGUCUCGGGUCUUCUUAUGAUAUUUAUGCACGUCCCUGUUAAAAUGGUUUCCUCUUUAAGUGGCCAAUUCCAGGCGUUUGCGUUGAUAGUAAUCUUCCCCGUCGUUUUGGCGCUUGCGGCACUUUGCGAAAUUCCUACAAACUUUUUGAGAAGAGGAAUGAAGGAAAUAGGAGAUGUCACGUUUGCAGUGUGUAUGUUACACUCUUUUUACGUCACACAACUUGCGAAUUACAUCAAAAACAACAAACGUGUUGAUGUCAGAGUCUUCAAGUGGAACUUCUUUGCGACGUGCGCAGAAGCACUUUUUGUUGGAAUUGCAGCGGCAAAGAUUUUAGAAUUACCGUUGCGAUAUUUUUUGAACGAAACAUAUCUUGAAGAAAGAAGAGAAAAAAAAGUCGACUAA